AUGGAAUUAAAAGCUCUCCACCCAGAGCUUCAAACUUUCCAAAUACCGCCAAUGAAGACAAUCCUGACCCGCGAGAGCAGAGUCAGCCCAUAUCCUUAUAACAAGUCCUACCAUGAGAUGGAAGAAAGCACAGCCUGCUUCAUCCACAGUUCUGGAACCACUGGAAUGCCUAAACCGGUACCUCUCACAAAUGGUUUCUGGGGUGCCAUGGAUAAUAUCGUCAACAUGGGUUGGCCUACAGGCCGUAGGCCAUCUCCCUACUUUAAUAUGACCCACGAAGAUCUUAUCCUGGCGACAGUACCUCUAUUCCAUAUGAUGGGUCUUAUUGCCUUUGGAUUUUCUGUCUUCCAUGGUGUUCCCUUCUUGCUUGGACCUGACAGGCCAUUGUCAGUUGAAUAUCUCACUGAGCUUAUGCAAAUCGCUCAUCCAACAUCUGCAAUGUACCCACCAUCAAUUCUAGACGACAUGUGCCACUCAGAUGAAGCCUUAAAAUGUAUCAAGGCCAUGAAAACCGUAUUUUACGGUGGUGCUCCACUUGGCCCUGAGACAGGCGGGAAGAUACGUGAAUGCGCCGAAGUGAUUCCUAUCAUUGGAAGUAGUGAGAUCGGGUGGAUCCCUACUCUUGUACCCGAAGCCACAGAAGAUCAAAGUUUCUUCGAAUGGAAUCCCAAUUUUGGAAUCGAUAUGCAGAAAGUGGAUGAAGGACUUUAUGAGAUGGUUCUUGUUCGUGACGCGAAGUCCCAUUCAUUCCAAGGGAUCUUCCAUACCUUCCCAGACCUUGACACUUACCGAACAAAGGACAUCUUUACUCCACACCCGACAAAGCCUUAUCUUUGGAAGUUCAAUGGCCGUAUUGACGAUGUCAUUGUUCUCAGCAACGGUGAAAAGUUCAACCCAACCACAAUGGAGACGAUUAUUGAAGGACAUCCCCUGGUCGCCAAAGCAAUCAUCUCUGGCCAGUCUAAAUUCCAGGCUUGCUUGCUGAUAGAGCCAAAUGUUGGAAUUGCCGAAAUGGAUUUGAAAUUGUUUAUCGAACAAAUAUGGCCGACGGUCGAACUCGCAAAUAAUACCAUGGCUGCACAUGGUCGAGUUACGAAGAAUAUGAUCGGACUUGCUCCAAAGGGAAUGAUGUUCCAGAGAACGCCAAAAGGAAGUGUACAGAGACGAGCAGUUCUCAAAGACUUUGCAGAUGAAAUCAAUAAUAUCUAUGACGCUGUCCUGGAAGACGACCUCGUUGAGUGUCUCCCUGAAGUUCUUACUCAGGCUACUAUCUUGGAAUACACUCACCGGGUUGUUUCUUUAACCUUGCAGAAACCAGAUAUUUCAAUGGAUCAAGAUCUAUACAAGAUUGGUCUUGACUCGCUCAUGACAAUCCAGAUUGCCAAAAAUUUGCAACGCGGGAUUCUACAACGCCUCCCUGGGUUGAAGUCCGGAGGCAUCGAUGCUCAAACAAUUUACUCCAACCCAACUGUUAAGCUUUUAGCUCAAUUUAUUGUAAACUUGACCGAAGGCAAAGAACAGUGGGGUGUUCCAAGAGAGGAAAAAAUCCAAAAAUUGGUGGAUAAACACACCUCUGAUCUCCCCAAACGCGGGUUAGCUACUCGGGAGGGAGCUUCUUCGCCAUCGACAGUGAUAUUGACAGGAUCCACUGGCUCGCUGGGAACAUACAUCCUGCACAGUCUGUUAAGCUCCGGAUCAGUAUCGAAAGUGUACUGUUUCAACCGCUCAGAUGCAGAACAAAGGCAGAAGAAAAGCUUCAGAGAGAAAAGAUUGGCCUUAGAUCUCAAGGACUGGAAGUCCAGGGUCGAAUUCUUACAAGUCUCACUUGGAGAUGUUCGGUUUGGUCUGACCGAACUCAAGUACGCCGAGCUUUUAGAAUCAGUUGACGCCAUUAUUCACAAUGCUUGGAUGGUUGACUUUAAUCACCCGGUUGAGUCAUUCGAGGAAACUCACAUUCAAAGUGUGCGCCGUUUCGUCGACUUUAGUCUGGACAGUAAACAAAAUGCCCAUAUCCACUUUGUGUCUUCCAUCAGCACUGUUGGCGCGUGGUCACUGAAAAUGGGGCCUUUGGUCCCAGAAACUCCCAUGGGGUCCGCUUCAGUUGUUCUAUCCCAGGGAUACGGAGAGUCCAAGCAUAUCGCAGAAAGGAUAUGCCUGGAGGCAUCUCGUAAGUCUGGAGUUCCAACAUCUGUUUACCGUGUUGGACAGAUUGCGGGGCCGACAACCACAGAUGGAGAGUGGAACCCACAUGAGUGGCUUCCAACAAUCAUUGCUACCUCGAAGUCCAUUAGCAAGAUCCCCGAUAGUCUGGGGUCUAUGGCUGUUGAUUGGAUCCCUGUGGAUACACUCUCCUCCAUCAUGACUGAAAUAGUUCACACAAGACAUGGCGCUUCUUCUGGGGUCCCACACGCCGUGUUCCACCUCACCAACCCGAAAACGACUCCUUGGUCAUCCCUACUCCCGCCAAUUCAGCAAAAAUACAGUCUUGAGACGGUUGAUUUCAGUACCUGGUUGGCGGAUCUUGAGAGCAUUCAAAACCCCACAAGCGCGGAUGUCAUCGAAAAGCCCGCUCUCAAAUUGCUGGAUUUCUAUCGCGGACUAAGCGACGAGACAUCGGCAGCCAUGUCUGUGGGCUUGGAUGUGACAAGAUCAAAGGAGGCGAGCAGGACCAUGAAGUUCCUUGAGCCGAUUUCUUCCCACAUGAUGUCAAACUGGCUACAGCAGUGGAACUUUUAA